AUGGGUCGCCUUCGUCGUCGUUUCCUCUCCUCUCUCCUCCUCUCAUUCAUCUUCCAAAUUCUACAAUUAGUUAUAUCAUUUACUCCCAAUUAUCACAUCGACGACAACGCUCAGUUCCUUACGGACGUUUUAAAGGAGAUAUCGGUGAAGCAAGACUGGGAUUUGGAGGGAACUGAGAUUUCGAAACUGGAAGUGAGUAAAGUUAGGAUUGGUAGCUCUCAGAGACAUGAGUUUAAGAUCCGAGUUGGUAAAAGUUACAUGCUACUUAAAUUCCCUGACGAAGUAGAUUCCUGGAAAAAGUUGAGCAAAGCAAAAACGAGUUUUGAUUUUGGAGAUUUGAUUAAGGAAUUCGGUUCUAUGGCUGUACUUGACACUUUGAAACUCCGAGGCCCUUUCGAUUUGUGGGUUAGUGGCCAUGACAAUCUCUCUUUGCUGUUGCCGAUGAAUGCUUCACAUGGUGGUCUGAAACGAAUAUUAGUGGGGGAAGGAAUCGCUGUAGAAGUGAAAGGAGCUAAGGAGGUUUCUCUUUUUCACGAUUUUGAUCUUAGUUUGGUUAUGAAUGGAAGUGUUAUUAUUGUUGCCUACAGGAAUUGGGACCCCGAUGCUGAAAUUGAAACGAGUGUGUUAUCAAAAAAGACCAUCGAGUUGAUAUCUGAUAAGUGUUAUGAUAGGAAUGUGGACAAGAAUCGGGCUACCACCAUUCACUUUUUUAGUUCGAGUAUUGCUAGGCUGGAGAGAGUUUUGAGUGGUUUUAUUGGUGACAGAAUGACUCAAAAUGGGUUGUCGAGCUUUCUCAGAGCAACUGCUAAAGCAUCAACAGUGAUUCGUUUUCAGUUAGAGCUGGAGAAGAGUUUUGGGAGCAAUGAGACUGUUCGGGGUGUGUUGGCAGAAUGGAGAACGAGGCCUACUGUUGAACGGGUUUGGUUUGAGGUAAUGACAAGAGUUGAGGGUGAGAAGCUAAAACCCGUAAUGGUUAAGAAGGUUAGACCUUUUAUUGCUGUUGAUUCUGUGUCUUGGAGUAAUUUAAUGUCUAAUAUUUCCUUUACAAAUUUCCCAUCUGUUCUUGUACCUCCUGAGGCCCUAACACUGGAUUCCUGUGAUAGUGUGAUGGGUUUGAAUUGGCGUGGUGUUGGCGUUAUUUUGCUUUGGCACUGCCCCCUUGCUUGUACUGUUGUACGCCAUGGAAAGUUGUCUUCCGUUGAUUGCUCCAUGCUCUCUGUUGGAGAGUUUUUAUUGCUUUGCGUAGAAGAAGACAUUGUCUUCCACCGAGAAUACAGCACCAUGACCGUUCAAUCUUCUUGGAACAAAGCUUUUAAGCUUUUAACAGAUCUCCUGUUAUUUGUAUACAUAGGGAGGAAAGCAAUUUUGGCCGCAGCUGUAGAAGUUGAUCAGCGGGCAAAUUGA